AUUCAGAUUUAGAUACUUCCUCCAAUACUUCUUCUAGUGAUAGUUCUAAUACAAGUUCUUCUGAUUCUUCUGAUUUUGAAAGUGAACUUAGUAAGUCUAGCGCCAUGCCGAGAGACAUUCCACUAGAUGAAACUAUUCGUAAAGUUCUCCUAAGUGAGCUUAAAUUAAUUUUUCCUGAACGUUUUUCCCAUGAAUCCAAUCCCAUUAUGUCCAAACAGAUAGUGGCUCCUAUAGAGGCAGAGUUAGUAUCUCAAAACAAUACCCAUUCAGCUUCUAAAGAUUCAUCUUCAGAUGAGUCCAGAUUUAAGUGA